UCUUUAUAUGUAGUUUUUCAUCUCGUGUAUACAUAAUGUUGAAACUGAUAUUAUAGUUUUAUCCACAUUAUCUGUUAUUCCGUGUAUAUUGUGACCACUUGCUCGUUUGUUCGAUUGUAAUACCGAGUUCAGUGCUAGAUAGGAUGAUGAUAUACAAAAAAUCAAGUUGAGUUUGUGAAACCCAGAAAAGCAAGGAUUUUUUUUUAACAAGUAGUGUUUAAAAUACUAGGUUACUGAUAUGCGGCAAGAUUUCAUAUGAUAUUUGCACACUGCUGUACAUUAUCAACAAAUUGUUACGUCGCUAUCUGUAAAAUGUAUUUAUAUACCACAGAUCUUCUAUCAACACUAAUGCACAUUAAUCGUGGAGGAUAAGACGUACGGUACAUCGAACGUGGCAAGGAUCACCAAAAUUCCAUUAUUCAUGAAAUUAAAGCACUAAAGAAGAAGUAUGAAUAAUUCAUGUACCGAAAUUCGUGUAGAAAUUUAUGUUGAAAAGUCAAUACUUCUGAGAGACAAUUACUCAGAGGAUGGAAAAAUUAUCAGCGUAAGGGAGACAAUUGAGUCAAUAGAUGAGUUUCUAGUAGAAAAAGGAAAUACGUAUAUUAAAGAAGCAAAAAACAAUGAUUCAAGGCCAGCCUUAUGCAACAGAGGGUCCCAAAAUAAAAUAAAAUCUGACAAUCAUACAGCUCAAUCACACAAAUUCGCCGAGAAAAGACUUGACAAAAGACGAGCGAAAACAACUUCUAAAGAGAAAAAUAAUUCGGAAAAAAGAAUUUGUAGCGAAAGUGAUGUUAAUAGCUGCUCAUCAUCUUAUUUAGAACAGGAAAACAAAGACGAUGCUCUUAUUGGAAGACCUUAUGCCUUUCAAUCACUAAGUACAACUUUGUCGGAACAUAUCCAACAACUAGUUAACGAUACUUCAGAAAAUCUUCAACAAAGAGUUAUUGAUACAACAGAAAAUACACAACAACUUGUUAACGAAACAUCAGACAAAACCCAACAACCAAUUAACGAUACUCAAGAUAAUACCCAGCAACUAGUUAACAAUACUGCAGAAAAUACACAGCAACUAUUUCUUGAUACAACAGAAAAUGUCCAACAACUAAUAGUUAGGAAUACAUCAGAAAAUGCCAAGCAACUAGUUCGCGAUACAACAGAAUCUACUAAACAACUUAUCAACGAUACAACAGAAAGUAGUGAAUUAACUGAAUCGUCAGAUAACGAUGGAUCGUCAUCAGGAUUCUUCUCGGACGACGAGAUGGAAUUCGACGAUGGAAUAAACCAAAGAAUAAAAUAUUCGAAAUUCCUUAAUUGUAAACAUAAAACCAGGCACGUAUCAAAGCGGAGAUCGCUUGCAGAUACAUUUCACAGUAAAACGAAGAGUAUUAAUAAAAGACAACGUGUUUUGAAAAGUAAUGCAAUUUUCACUGUAAGUCAACACCAAACAAUUUUGGACACUUCAGAUCAAACACAUAAAGUUCAGCAAGGUUGUAUUAACGUUAUCGGAAACCUAGACAAUAUGAAUAUACAGGAGACAUGUCUUGAUACUAUGAUUUACAUAUUAGAUCAUAUUGAAUGUGAAUGUACAGAAGAUAAGAAAUAUGAACUUCACCAUGCAAGUUCGAGAUCGUGUCUCAGCAAAAGGUGUGAAACCUCAACCGUCUGUUCAACAGGUGCAUUUGGUAAUAGCGUCGCAGAUAAAACAACAAGCAUCGAGUCAAAUGAAAUCAUAACAAAUUUUAAAAACAAAAAAUCACAUCUGAUAAAGAAUACAGAUGAGAAAUCAAACUGUAAGAAAAUAGAUAUAAAAAGGGAAAUCGAUGAUUUAGAACCAGGGGAAAUUCGAGACGAGGUCGACUCAAUUAAAAAGGACAAACGCAAAACUUCUGCUCAUCACAGAAGUAGUUCAUUGAAACGGUAUUUACUAACAAGAAGUAGUAAGUAUGUAGGUUAUAAUCUCCGAUAUAGUUCUCGAUAUAUUAGAGGACGCUACAGUAGAGGUUUAAGAGGUCGACGACCAUACAGAGGACAAUCUCAGUCUCACCGAUCAUUGUCACGAGGUCGCUCACUACCUCCAAGAGAAACACAAACAAGCAGAAAUACAUUUGAUCGGCUUGAUUAUUCAGAAAGAAGAGAUGCAGACUAUGAACCCAAUGAAUCUACAACCGAUCAACACGACCUGAGAAAUAGAAUAGAAGCAAAUGAAAGACGACCAUACAGUACAGAAAAAUCAUCUUUCCGUAGUUUAAGACCCUCGCUGUACAGAGGUAGAAACUAUUCACGGUACGGAACAUUACAACAUAUGAGAAAACCAUACGAAUCUGUGUCAGAUUAUAUAAGAAAGUACAGAACUUUCGAAUCAAAAUGUGAAAAUGAUACUCCGUAUGAACAUUAUCGUUAUCCAUCGACCGAGGAAUCGAGAACGCAAUAUCGAUAUAGCGAAGAAAGGGAAGACUAUUACAAUCACACCGCGAUACUAAAAAGUACUGACGAAGAACGUAGUAAAGACAGUAUUUAUACAAGGCCUUCUUCUGAAUGGAGGACUCCAGAAAUAAGAGCCCCUAGUUACAAAAAUUUAACAAUAACUCGUCGAUUUUCUACUGGAGAUGAACGUUCUAAUUAUACACAAAAAGAGAAACGAAAUUACCGAUCACACAGUGAAUAUUUUGAAACAAGUCCAUAUAAACAUGAUAGAUAUAUACACGAUGAAUCUCGUAGAAAAUCACCUGGCCAACGCGUGGAAAGGGCUUCAAGAGAGCGUGCAUCGUCAUAUAAACGUGAAAGAAAUGAUAUCAGAAAAGAGGAAAGAGAAUAUGAUAGAAAAGAGUCCACGAAACAUGAGAAACAAGUGUCAAACGAACGAGAACGAAAUUCUUCUCGCAAAUCUGUACCAAGAACAGAUAGUCUAAAAAGUAAAAUGUUUGAACAGGUCAAAAAGGAUAUAAGAAAGAACCGACACGCAACAGACGAAAAUGGAACUUCGUCAGACGAGAAGGAGGUUAGAGUUUCGUCUGUUGUCACAAUCGCUCCAUCAAGUCAACAAGAUCUUGCUGACAAGACCACAACGUCGCCAGAAGACAACAAACAGAAAACAAUUGUGAACCCUGUUCCAUCAUUCAAGAAAGAUGCACAUAUGAAGUGUUUUGAUCUUAUCAGAGAAGCGGCAUUCAAACAAGCCGUGCACUUUUCAGAAGAAAAUUGGGAAAAGUAUGCCAAAAGAAAGUUUUUGUUCGAAGAUGAAUUGGUAGAACAACUAGAACGAAAUUACGACCGCUAUCUUUAUUCUGCCAACGAUUUCCAGCAGAAUAGCUGUGGUCCAUUGCCAAGGUUCGUGUCUGACGAGUUGAUGACGGAGGCAAUAGUUAAUACAUGGAAACAGCCACAAAUGAUUGCGUCACUAGACAGACAGUUUCGAGAAUUUGAUGACAUCAUUGGUUAUGUUGGAUAUAACAUUCCUUGUUACUGGUGUGAAAUAAUUUUUUCCGAAGGGAAAUUUGUUCGCGCAUUUCCUGUCCUUGACCCUAUCGGACAUAGAGAUGAUACAAUGUAUUGCCAAACAGACCAGUGAUUUUGUAUUUACAGACUUUUUUUUCAAUAAAUGUCUUCACAUUUGAUACAUUUCAUUCGAUAUUUUAGCAUGAAUUUGAUUCAAGGUCCAAAAACCAUUUUUACUGUUGUGGAUCUUGAAAGAUGUUCCUUUCUACAAAACAAGUCUUUUCUCAAUCAAAAACAUACUUAAAGAAACCAUUACUGCAGAUUAAACAUUUGUACCCUAUUUGUGUUGCCAUUUUUAUAUGUAAUAUAUUUAUUUUGUUACAUUAUUUAAACAUUGAUUAGGAAGAAAUGUUCACCUAAAAACUAUAAUAUUUAUCAGAAAGAGAACAACGAUUAUGUAAUGAUACACAUUUUUAUCAUGUUAUUGAUUUAUGAUUAAAGAGAUCUUUAUUGUUGUAUCAUUGUAGCAAUGGAUAAUUCGCCAUGAUAUGUUGUCUUAAUACAUUUUAUCUUUUGGAUCUGUUAGAUAUAAUAAAUACCGAUAUAUUUAA